GUAGUUUGACAUUCCUUGUCAACAUUCAAUUUAUAUUUUAUUCAAAUGCAUACACGUGCUUCAGAUUGCAUUACAAUAGUUCCGAAAUAUAAAUACAACCGAUGAAUAUGGAAAUACAAACGAAUGAAAACCUGAUUAAGAAAAUGGAACAAGCGGUAACUGUUGAAAUAUGCGAAGGGAGUGCAAAAAUUAUUUCCGAAAAUCGUGUUUUCUACAAUCCGGUGCAGCAAUUUAAUCGGGAUUUGAGUCUAUCCGUGCUAUCAACAUUUUGGAAAAUUUGCCAAAAUGAAAGUGAACAACGAAAAAGUGGGAAAAAAGUGGCUGGCAAUGACUUUUCGGAUGGUCUCCGUGUUUUGGAAGCACUCUCGGCGACUGGACUGCGAAGCAUUCGAUAUGCCAAAGAGGUCCCUGGCAUCAAAGAAAUUAUCGCCAACGAUUUAUCUUCAGCGGCUGUGAAAUCGAUUAAAGAGAAUAUUAAACUAAACAAUGUUGAGCAUUUAGUUACGGCAAGUGAGGCGAAUGCAACGACACUGAUGUACAACUCUGUUGACGCCAAAAGUCGAUUCGAUGCAAUUGAUUUGGAUCCAUAUGGAAACCCAACAAUGUUUUUGGACGGUGCCGUGCAGAGUAUAUCCGAAGGCGGUAUUUUACUGAUAACUGCUACCGAUAUGGCGAUUUUAGCUGGAAACAAUGCAGAAUCUUGUUAUGCGAAAUACGGUUCGGUGCCAUUAAAAACAAAGGCAUGUCAUGAACAAGCUCUGCGAAUUCUAUUGCGUUGCAUUGAAUCGCAUGCGACACGAUAUGGAAGAUACAUUAAACCACUGCUAAGUAUUUCGGCAGAUUUUUAUAUUCGUGUUUUUGUGCGCGUAUUUACAAGUCCGUUGGAAUGUAAAAAGAGUAGCAGUAAACAGUCGAUGUUUUAUGAAUGCACCGGGUGUUCGACGCACACAUUUCAACCGCUCGGUAUUCUCAAACCAAAUGGAACCGAAAAAAAUCCAAAUCAAUUUAAAUAUGCUCUGCCUGUGGUUCCAAGUGUCAAAGAGAACUGUGAACAGUGCAAAAGUCGUUAUCACAUGGGCGGACCGAUUUGGACGGCACCAAUUCACGACCAGGCAUUUGUGGACAUGCUUUAUAAUUUAAUUCAGACAGAACCGUAUAAAAAUCUUGAAACAAAUCAACGUAUUUACGGCAUGUUGUCAGUGAUUCGAGAAGAAUUGUUAGAUGUACCGUUAUACUAUACGCUAGAGCAUGUGUGUUGUGUUUUGAAAUUACAAUGUAUACCAAUAGUUAAAUUACGUUCGGCUUUGCUUCAUGCUGGAUACAAAGUAUCUUUUUCACAUGCCAACAAAACCUCAAUUAAAACAAAUGCACCGUCGAAUGUAUUGUGGGACAUUUUACGGAAUUGGGCCAAAUUGAAUCCAGUGAAUGCAAAACAUUUAGAAAAGAAUCCCAUCGUUAAGGCUAUGUUCAGCAAAGAACCCGAAAAUACAUACAAUUUGAAUGACAUUCAUCCCGAGGCAAAUCCAAGCAGUCGAGCCAAGGCGUUGUCUCGUUUUCCGGCCAACCCAAUGCCAAAUUGGGGACCGGGUACAAGAUCAACACUUAUGAUUGGUGACGAAAAAUUGCCCAAAAAAAUCCAGAACCAAAAUAAAAACAAACAAAAGCGCCAAAAUGCUGAAACAACGGGUGAGAGCCAAAGUAAACAAGCAAAAACAAUAUAGGCAAAACGAAAGUAUGACGAAUUAACCAUUUUCGAUAUGAAAAUUGUAUUUUGCGUUUAUACAGAAAUGUAUAAUAAUAAAACAUGUAAAAUAAAUUCAAAUCACCUGUAUAAAACGAAAUAAAA